AUGGCGUCGCAGAUUCCCUACGAGACAUACCAGGCCUCGGCCACCUAUCUGAAGUCGCAAAUCGGCGACUUUGCCCCCACCAUUGGCAUCAUCUGUGGCAGCGGUCUCGGCACGCUGGCUGACACGCUUGAGGGCUCGGUCACCACCAUCCAGUACAACGACAUCCCAGGCUUUGUCAAGAGCACUGUCGAGGGCCACAAGGGGCAGCUUGUGUUUGGCACGCUGGCUGGCAAGUCCGUCGGCUACUCGGUGCAGCAGGCGACCUUCCCCGUGCGCGUCUUCCACCUGCUGGGCGUCAAGACCCUCCUGGUGACAAUGCGCCGGCGGCGCCAGAACGCGCUCAUCGGCCCCAAUAUCCCCGAGUUCGGCGUCCGCUUCCCGUCAAUUUCGGAUCUCUACACACCCAGCCUGCGCCGCACAGCUGCCAAGGCGUUCCUGCAGAACAAGCGGCUUAGGGAGGAGCGCGGGUUCCGCGUCCACGAGGGCAUCUACGCGUGGUGCUUUGGCCCGUGCUUCGAGUCGCGCGCCGAGCUGCGCGCGCUGAAGACCCUGGGCGCCGAUCUCGUCGGCAUGAGCACUGUCCCCGAGGCCGUUGUCGCCAAGCACUGCGGCAUGGAGGUGCUGGCCAUGUCGCUGGUCACAAACAAGUGCGUGGAUCGCAAGGAGCCCGACACCAUCGCGUCCGUGGAGGCCGAGCUGCGCGGAGAGACCCUGGAGGUUGUCCAGGAGGUGUUCCCGCACCACGAGGAGGUCAUGGCCGCCGCUGCUGCGCGCACCCCCGACAUCCAGGAGUUUGUUCGCUCGGUUAUUCGCGAUAUUUAGACGCUAUUUAUUAGGACACAAAUGAACUAUAUACAGCAUACUGCCGCUUGCCUUGCUUACUACAGAGAUACGACGUGAGGACUGUGAGCAAAUGUGCGUUUCGAAUUCACAUGGCACAGGGUUUCCAGCGUGCUCUCAGGAAUAAAAUCGGUAUGGUUAUCAACCUUCAGCAAGCACGCAGAAGCGCACCCACUGUCUGACUGACGUGCAAAUGUAUAAGGAGUAUCAUCACCGAGCCAAGGACGUGACUGUGCACCAAUUGAAACCUACCCUUGCGAUUGAGAAUUCGCCAGCUAAAAAAUGAGAGCAGAGGAGACAAGGAUGCAG